GUCACUAAAGUGUGGGAGUCGAGAAACUUCACCCAUGUAAAUAUUAUUAGAGAGAGCUGUGUGUGAGCAGACCGAUAAAACCACACAGUCCUUAGUUGUAUUUAUAUCAUUUUGCUCUGAAUAUGCCGCGGAAAAAGCCAUUCAGCAACAAACAGAAGAAGAAACAGCUGCAGAUCAAGCGCGAGAGAAAGAGAGGCGAGACUGGUUCAGGCCCGAGCAGCCGUAAUGCCAGUGUGGAGAGAGGAGACCGCCAAUCAGACACUUCAGACAGCGAGACCACAGAUAUACGGAGAAUAAACCAACAACCAGGGGGCAGGGAUGGUAGACAUGACCCUAAUAGAUUCCGACUGCACUUUGAGAAGGAGAGUAAAGAGGAGGUGGAGAAAAGGAAGAAGGUAGCGAGAGAAAAGGAGCUGCAGCCUGUCACUGACAAAGAACUAGAGAUAGACAUUUGUGACAUCUAUCCUUCAGAUAAAGGUCUUGUCUUUCCUCGCCGGCCAUCUUGGAGUUACGAUAUGACGCGAGAGAGUCUGCUGAGGAAAGAGGAGAAGUCCUACAGGGAAUAUUUGGAUGACCUGCACUCCAGAAACCCACCUGGAACUCUGAGCCACUUUGAACACAACUUGGAGACGUGGAGACAGUUGUGGAGAGUAUUAGAAAUGUCAGACGUCAUCCUGCUCAUCGUGGACAUCAGACAUCCAGUGCUGCAGCUUCCCCCAGACCUGUACCACUACAUCACAGGCGCUCUUCAGAAGCAGGUGGUUCUGGUGCUGAACAAAGUCGACUUGUGUCCUCCUCCGCUGGUGAUUGCCUGGAAACACUACCUGACCUCACAGUUCCCUCAUCUCGAAAUCGUCUGCUUCACUUCCCACCCCGGACAGCCCUACAGCACAGUUCUACAAAAGAAGAGAAUGAGAAAGAAGGGGAAUUGGAGUCAUGCUGGAGGCCCUUUAGACAUCCUCAAAGCCUGUCAGGACAUCACAGCAGGGAAGGUUGACCUUUCGAGCUGGGAGCAUAAGAUAAAGAGUGACGCGUUUGCCGAGCACGUGGAUGGAGACCGGGAAGGGGAGGGGCCCGGGGAGUCGGUGCUGAUGGAGCACCACACCGACAGCGCCAUGGAGAUGAGCAGCUUGUCUCAAGAGCUGUACAAAGAUGGAGUCCUCACUUUGGGCUGCAUAGGUUUUCCAAACGUUGGUAAAUCCUCCGUGAUCAAUAGUUUGGUUGGUAGAAAAGUGGUGAGCGUGUCCCGGACUCCAGGCCACACCAAAUACUUUCAGACGUACUACCUCACUCCCACAGUCAAACUGUGCGACUGCCCCGGCCUCGUCUUCCCCUCACUCGUCAACAAACAGCUGCAGAUUCUUGCCGGCAUCUACCCGGUGUCUCAGCUGCAGGAGCCCUACAGUUCAGUGGGAUAUCUCUGUGAAAGAACUCCUUUUCUGUCUGUGCUGAAGCUGAAGCACCCCUCGCUCCUGGAGAACCCACAGCAGCAGAGCCAGGAGUCACAGCAUCCAGCGUGGACAUCCUGGGACGUCUGUGAGGCCUGGGCCGAGAGAAGAGGGUAUAAGACGGCAAAGGCGGCGCGUAACGACGUGUACCGAGCAGCCAACAGUCUCCUGAGACUCGCCAUCGAUGGAAGGCUCUGUCUCUGCCUCAGGCCUCCAGGAUACAGCUGCCUCAGAGAGCGUUGGGAGAAUCACCCCGAUUUGCCGGAGAUCAUGGCGUUACAGGGCAGGUCCAACGUGGAGGAGGUUUCCGAUGAGGAGGGGGAGUCGAGCAGCGAAGGCGAGGAAGAGGAGAGGGACCGCGACGCAGAUGUGGACGAAGACGCAGACGACGAUGACGACGAAGGCUUCAGGCGAGCGCCAAAGAAACAAACAGAACAGCCGGCCGGGGUCACCGUCAACAUGUACAACGUGCUGAGGGAAAACGAGUGUGAGUGAGGAGGAGGAGGGACAGGAACCAAUCAGCUCAGUGGGCUGUAGUCAUGUGAUCUCAUAAGAUUAUAAAGCCCAUAGUUUAAAGUAAAAUGGAGGACAACAAGACAAGAAAUAUAAUGUAGAAUCUGUUAAAAAAUGCAGAUGGUUUGGUCCUGGUUUCAUUUCAAUUUCAUUUGAUUCAUUUAAAUUUCUGUAAUUAUUUGGGCUCACACAAUAAAAAAAACUUUGUCUCUUUAUGGACAAAUAAUGGUGUACUCCGUGGAAUAUUAUUUGCUUGGAUGUUCCACAGUAUAGCAUUAAACUUAAAGCAAAAAAUCUCCUUGGAGACGAGCAGGUCACGCCGCCAGGUACAGUUACAGGUCUGAUCUGUGGGGCAUGUUUUUUAAGGAAUUUUUGCAAGAAAAAAUAAUUUACAGGGUUCCCACAGUCAUGGAAAUCCCGGAAAAGUCAUGGAAAUUGAAACAUGUCAUUCUCCAGGCCUGGAAAAGUCAUGGAAUGUUGUAAUUUCCAUGAAAGUUUUGGAAAAGUCAUGGUAUUUUAGUAUCUCUUUCACGCAACUACAGCGUUCUGUUAAGUUAUCAUUAGGCUAUUGAUUGAUGAAUAUUUCUGAACGUAUGCGCCUUUUUUUUUUUUUUUUUUAAAGAGACGACAAUAAAUGCACUGAAUGUUAAAAAAAUAUAAUCCCAAACCAUAAAGUGAGUCGAAAGGGUUAACAUUUCAUAUUUAGCCCUAAAAGUAUGCACAAGUCUACACAUGUAGGUGCCAUAAAGUCAUGGAAAAUUCACUUUAGGUCAUGAAAUAGUCAUGGAAAAGUUUUGAAAUUUUGGGAACUCUGAAUUUAAUGCCAUACUGUGGAAAAUUUUUGGUCUAGAAUUAGUAACAUCAACAUGGAGACGCCAGAAAAGAAAGGUUAGAAAGCUCACCUUUAACUAAAAUACAAUUAUUAUUGCAUGAUAAUAACAAAAGCAGUGGUGUUAUUCUGUCACAGUCUUCAUGUUUGUUUGUUUGAGAGACUUGAGGCCAAAAGUUUAUGGACUUAUUGUCAAUGCAGCUCACAGGCUCGAUUCACAUUAAGUAAUUGAUGCCGGGUCGAUACAAACAAUAUAAAGGUAAGACACAAUUUUCAAAAAGGACACUGGAAAAAAAACAACAAAUUGGAACAAAUCUUGGGACCCAUUCAUUUGCUUUAGGUAAUCUUAUAUCGUCUGGCUAUAUUAAACUAAAAUAAACAUAGAUCUGUAUGAUACUGUACAAAAUAACGUUUCUUUCCUGUGUAUAGGUCCAGACCUCACAGACAUAUUAACCACAAACCAGGCCAAAACAUCUGCAUUUUGAAUCUUUGGCAAAUUGUAUCAUCGAAUUCUUUGCUGUUUUCCAUCCAAUAUUGUCCUCGGUAAUAUAUUAUGAUAUCACAUGAACAGAACCUAUUGGCCAACUUCAAGCCCCGCGCACUUGUCAUCAUUACCUUAGAGAGCUACAUUCCUCCUUUGACAUUAUAGCACUCCUCUUGUAUUUGCCUUAUCCUUUCUAGAGCCCUAUUUCAUUUACAGAGGGUCCAUGCUGUGCCUCUGCCCUGUUUUAAUAAUAAGAGCCAUAUAGAAGUCAUCGUUUUGCAUGUCUUUCCCUCAGACAAAGUAAUCAAUCAUAUUAUAUCAAACUGGCUUUGAAAAUCCUCUUAAUGAGAUGGACUGAACUGAGAAGCCAAAAGUUCAUAAAAGGACAUAAUCACGGAGCAAAAACAGGCGAUCGUGUGGUUUUUACAGAUUAAACGAAAGGUUUUUGUGUACUGCGAAAAACUACUGUAUUUUUCGGACAAUAAGUCGCACCAGCCAAAAAAUGCGUAAUGAAGAAGAAAAAAACAUAAGUUGCACUUUUGGGGGGAAAUUUAUUUUAUAGAACCAGAGACCAGAAACUGACAUUUCAUCUCGAAAGGCAAGUUCUAGUAAUAACAAUAGAACAGAGAACAACAGACUGUUGACGUCACAUAUGAACAGUUCUUCAGAUAAACUAUAACAUAAAAAACAGAACAAGUUUAACAAACUCUUCAUCUCACUCCAAAUCACUAAAUCCAUCGAAUUCUUCAUCCUCGGUGUCACUUCUGAGCAACUCCACGACCUCCGGAGGUAAACGGAGCACCACUUCCUCUUCUGUGUCGCUGUCGUCAGACUCAGCAUCAGUUCCAGUUAGAAUUAUUCCGGUCUUUCUGAAUCCCGACAGGAUGGUUUCGGUGUCACUGAAGUCCAGGCUUUGUCGAUAAACCCGAUGACUUCCAGAAAAGUUGCCGUAAAGCUGUGUUCUUCAUCCCCGCUUUCCUCCAGUCCCUCACAAGUUUCUUGCGCUCUCCAAACUUUCUUUCUGCUGCUCGAUAACCGUUUUCAGUUGAAUAUUUCACUACUUGUAGCUGGACAGCGGCUUUUUCUGUAAAGAGUGAAGUGACAGUGGUACAGAAAUAAGAGCAGCAGAUACUGACACAUAAGCCUAGAGCCUCUCGCAGCUGUCAGUGUGAAAAUUUUAAUAUAUAAGUCGCACUGGAGUAUAAGUCGCAGGAAACACCCAAAUCAUGAAAAAAGUGCGACUUAUAGUCCGAAAAAUACGGUACUUAAAUCUGAUUUUUUUUAUUUUGAUUUGAGUCAUUUUGAAAAGGUUCAAGUUAAAUCGAUUAUACAGUUUAUAUUAUUAAACUUGUUUGACUGGUUUUGACAAUUUUUGAACAUAUUUAAAGUCAACAAAUUUAAAUAAGUAAUUGAUAUUUGUGUGUGGUUUAAUUUUAAGAUUAUUUAGGCUUGAAUAAGAGAAAAAAAAUCAGCACGGGGUGAGUGGAAAAUUGUCAAAUCACAGUUCUAUCGAGUAAAUCAACAUAACCUAAUCAUAACUCCUCAAAUUCAGCUAAUUCAACUUGCCUUUUUUUGCAGUGUUAUUCUUUAUUGUAGGAUUUGAGUAUUUUAAGAAAACAUGACAGAAUUACAAUGGUUACGAAUAGUAUUACCACGAUAGGUUGACCGUUUUCUGUUGAAUAUUUGACUUCUCAGAAUGUCUACAAGAACCUUUUAGAGAUGGGUUAGUCCUAUUUUUCUGGACAAUAUUUUUCAUAAUCAAAUGUGUAGUGUUUUAACUACUACAAUCAAUGUAUUCCAAUGCUGGAUUACAGUACAGGUACACAGCACACUUUCAAAUCGGAUUCCAGACGGCUGUACUUAAGAGUCUAGGUCAAAAUCCUCCUCUGUGAUCACACAUAAGAGACUGCUAAUGUAAUAUAAUAGAUGUGAUAAUUAUUUUUAUUUUGAGGCUAUAUUUUGACAUGUCAGAUGAUCAGAUAUUUUUAUUUUCCACUUCCAGCCAGUAUCUCUUUGUGUGUGAUGUUCCUCCGCUGCCGUGUGCUCAUUUAUAGUGUAAUUCUGGCUCAAACUAAAGCUUACUCAGAGUCGUAGAUCUCAUCGAUUACUAGGACUGGGUGAUAUUGACAAAAAUCUAUCACAAUAUUUCAUUUUCUGGUGAGAUAAUAUACAUUUUUAGCAGUUCAUUAGAAGUAAAAAUGCUGAAAAGGGUGACAGAGUGAAGGGUAAUAUCUUGGUUGUUGUGUAAAUAGUUUGUUUAAAGGUAAUUUUUCUGGUAGAGAGUACGUCGCCAACUAGUGCCUCCGCUCAGUUUCAUUUCUCUACAGCGAUUAGGUCAGAAAUUGGAAUACACUAGACGGUUCGCAAAAACCGUCAAGUGCGAGUUCGGAAUCUGUAUCAUUUGUUCAUUAGUUUUUCAAAAUCAAACCAAAGAUAAGAAAACGAAAAAACAAAUAUUUUCUUCAUUAUUUGUGUUCAAAACCAAAAGAAAAAAAAACAAUAACAAUUCGUUUUUUCACUCUUCGAUUCUGUGUUUAAAUGAAUAAUGGAAAAAACAAUAAUAAUGGCUGUUUCCCAUUUCCGUGACUUAAACGAUUCCAGACUGAACCAGGACUAAAACAGAACUAAAACAGGUCUAAACCAGGUCUAAGCCAGAAUUGAACCAGGACUAAACCAGGUUUAAACCAGUCUGUCCGUUUCUCAGUCCCAGUCUGGUCCCAGUUUGGUCCCAGUUUCCUGAUCACCCGACAGACACUCCUGGUUCACUCCUGGUUCAGUUCUGGUUUAGUCCUGGUUUAAUCCUGGUUUAGUCCUGGUUCAGUCCGUAUGCGGUGCAAAAGUCCGGUGACGGAGUUUAAGUCACGGAAAUGGGAAACGGACAUUAUUCAUUUUUCUAUUUUUCAUUUAAACACAAAAUCUUUUUUUUUUUUUUUUUUUAUUUUGAAGACAAAUAAUGAAGAAAAUAGUCAUUUUUUUCAUUUUCUUAAGUGAAUGAACGAAUGAUACACGGAUUGUUCGGGCACCAGCCAAUCAGCGAAGAGCCAGACAUUCUGUGUUGGCAACGAUUCCCAAGAUGGAGGAUUUAAAGCCGGAACAAAGAGAAUGUUUGGUGAAUUUUAUCAAGGGGAAAGACGUUAUUGUCCUUCUUCUUGGUUAAAUGAAAAAGUACCUGAAUACCAUCAAGCGAACAAAUCCAAAUGCUGUGAGAUCAAACGGUUUCUACGAAGUGAAACCGGCGGAUGAAUCAGGCUAGUCGCUACUUACAGUGGCUCUGUGAAAGUGUUAUUGUUUUGCCGCAAAUGUUUCACAGUAUGGCAUUAAACUUGGCACCUGUCUCCAUGGAGACGAGUCACCAGGCUCAGUUACAGGUCAGAUCUGUGGGUAGUUUCACUCACCAAAAGAAUGCAAUUUACUGUGGAGCAAUAAAACACCUGUAAUGGAACAAAUGCGAGACAGAUACAUGUCUAAUGCCACACUGCGGAACAAAGACAAAGCAUCUCCAUGGAGACGUACCUCCACCAGAAAAGUUACAAAGUGCACCUUUAAAAAAAAAAAAAAAAAGUACUGACUGAGUGUAAAAUCAACUAGAGAAAUAUGCAGUUUUUUGGAAAGUCAUUACUUUUUAACCAACACUUUUUUGGGGGGAGUUGGACAUUUUCCUGUUAUGGACGCCAUUUUGAGGACUUUCAUAAGACAAAAACAUAUCGCCCUUCUCUGUUCACACAGCUCCCCUCCGGUACAGUGCACAUGACUCACUCCAAAUGCUUAAAUAGGCUUUUCUGGAAAUGACUGAAUCUGUUGACGAGAUUUGUUUUGGUUUUUUGCUGCAUUCCACAUUUCAGACCCUCUGUACAAACUGGAACAGCUUUCUGCAAUAAAUAAAUAUAUUCAAAACCAUGAAA